AUGACUGAUACCACGGACAUCACUACGACUAAUACCUGUUCGGCGUGCCGGGGAACCCUUGGCGCGGACGAUGUCGCGUACCAUUGUGCCGGAUUCUGCAAUGACGCGUUUCACGGCAAGUGCCUGGGAUUGCCGCAGACAUGCCGCAAAGAGCUGUUCCGCAACCCGCAGCUUUUGUGGGUUUGCCCCAGCUGCUCGGUCAUGUUGGAGGACGGCGCUAUGCGGAUGAAGAGUGUUGUGCUGCGUGGGUUGGACCCCAUGUUUGAUCGGUUGAAGAGCGACAUUCUGGCUGAGUUCGAUCGCCGGUUCUCUCGCCUGGUAGAGUCGUCUCGCUCUCCUGUCGCCGUCGCCGAUCGCCGUACUGAUGCCUUGCAUGCCGGUGCGACAACCGACACCUCAUACGCUGCCGUGACCAAGGAACGCACGUUGCCUGACCGCCGCCACGAAGCCACCGCGGCUUCACUUAAGCCUCCGCUUGUCGUCGGUACUGCGCCGAAGCAACUAAUUAAGACUGUCCCUGCACCCCAACCCAGGCUGUGGCUCUUCAUUUCGCGUCUGUCGACGGACACUACCGACGCGCAGGUUUCUGACAUGGUGUGUCAGUGUGUUGGUGACACGGAUGUUGUUAUCAGGAGGCUGCUUGCGAGAGACCGUGACAUCGCAUCUGUCUCGUUUCUCUCUUUCAAGGUCGGCUUACCUCCGGCCUUGAGAGAAAAAGCACUCGAUCCGGCGACGUGGCCAGCUGGUGUCAGCUUCCGUGAGUUUGUUAGCAAGCCCCGGCCCAACAUACCUGCGUCCGGGUUGACGUCAUCUCCCGUCCCGGAUCAGAUGUGUUUCACCAACCUGAGUUCCAUGGCAAAAUCGUUGACGCCGCCCCGUUUCUCUGCAAUGGCACUACGUUUUGGCAACCGAUCGUUCGGCUCGCCCACCAAUCGGUGCAAAAGGCCCCGUCCGGACAGCGCCUCGAAUAAUGCUUUGAGUGCGACUAUUGGCGACUUUCUGGAGCAGUCGAAGCUGGGUGAUCGUCUGCUACUAGUUGGCGAUUUCAAUCAGCCG